ACAGCAUCUGGACCAACAUUAAGGUGGUACAGUUGCCAGCACCAGAGAUCUGGGUUUGAUCCUGAUUAUAGGUACUGUCUGUACAGAGUUUACACAUUCUCCGUGUGACUACGUGGGCUUUCUCUGGAUGCUCCCGUUUCCUCCCACAUUUCAGAGACGUGCAGUUUUUAGGUUAAUUGGCUUCUGUAAAUUGCCCCUAAUGUGUAGGAUGCAAAAUUGGGAUAACAUAGAACUAGUGCAUGGGUGAUCAUUGGUUGGCACAGACUCAGUGGACAGAAGGCCCUGUUAAAAUUGCUUUAUCUCUAAAACUAAAACAAGUUCCUUGUGUCUACCAAAGGAAAAUUAUCUCAUUAACAAAGUCAUAUAGAACAAAAGCCAGCUGAAACUUUAUAAACAAGUACUUAGGCUGCAGCUUCUGUACCCUACAUGAACGAUGUUAGUGCCUUCACUAGAUGUAAAGAAAGCUUUCCGGAUUGGUAGAUGGGAAACAUGAUUUUAAUUCCAUGGUGGAGCUUCAAUGGUCACUCAAAAACUACAGGAAAAUUUGGUAACUACAUUUUUAAAAUCUAAGAUAUUAAAACAAUUCUCCAAUAAUUUAUAUUUGGAUGUAACAUUCUUUAAUUCCAAAUGUCAAGGCUGUAGGAAAGUAUAUACUCAUGCUCAUGAGAUUUGGUAUCGGGAUCACCACUCCUGACACGAGACUUGAACAAGUAUAGAGGACAUAACUUCAAGGCACUUACCCAAAAUAAAUAACAUUUAUAUAUUUCAAAAUGAAUCCUCAAUUACACUGAUUAUAAUUAAACUCAGGGAAGUUUCUUUCCGAGGUGUAAGCUGCCCAAGCGAAAUACGAGUUGCUGUUCCUUCAAUUUGUGCUGGGCCUCACUGGACAAUGGAGGUGGCCCAAGACAGAAAGGUCAGUGUGGGAAUGGGAGGGGGAGUUAAAGUGUUUAGCAACCGGGAGAUCAGGUAGGUUUAGGUGAACAUGGGUUUGGGAGGGGUAGACAAAAUAAUCUACGUGUAUGAAUACCAAGAGGUAACAACUGUAGUCAAUAUGCACAGAUGAAAGAGGAAAUGGAUGUGGCGGGUUGAGGAUUGCAUACCAAUAACAGAAGGCUGCUUUAUUGUGGAUGGUUUCAAGCUUGGAACAUUAUUAGAGCUACACUCAACAAACUAAGCAGAGAGUAUUCAAUCACACUCCUAACUUAUGCCUAGAAGUUAAUUACUCACUGCAGGAUACCCAGCCUCCAACCUGUACUUGGCAUAACUGUAUUUACAUGAUUAGCCCACAGUUCUUAUAAAAUAUUAAGUAAAGAAAAAAGGCAACAAAUAACCUCGGAAAAUUAUGAGAGGAAGCAGUUCGAAGAAUUUUGAAAUCACCAAUUGCAUCACAAUUCCUGACCCAAUCUACUGGCAAAAUUGCAUUCAACUUUCAGGUUAUUUUUUAUCACAAUGCAAUUUGAACAAAUGGCCUCUUUACUUCAAGAACAUGACAAUGGAAAGAGUGAACAGGAGAUUUACAAGGCUGUUGUCUAGAGGAUUUAAAUUAUGGGGAGAGUUUGGAUUGGCUGUACUUGUUUUCCAUGGAGUACAAAAAAAACACUAACCUGAUAGAGGUGAACAAAGUCAUGACAAGCUUAUAUAGCUCACAUAGUUGGAAUCUAUUUUACAACGGUAGAGGUAACAAAAGCAAGAGGAUAUAUGUUCAAGGUGAGAGGAAGAAGUUUGAGAUUUGAUAGAGAUCCAAGGAGAAAGUUUUGGUUGACAUUUAAAAAGCAUUCCUAGCAGACAUUGUGGAACUAGAUAAAAUUACUAGGUUUAGAAGAUAUUGAUUUAGUCGGAUACUUAAAUAGGCAAGGAAAGGACACAGAGCUAGUCUUAGUGUAGGUGUACUGUUAGUGUAGCUAGUAUUUCCUCACAACCACCCAUCAACCUUGCUUUAUGCAACUGCAGAAUUAGAUUUAACAGGUCAUAGCCGCGGCAGAGAGUGGGAGCAGGGCCAGAGCGGCGGCGGGAGAGAGCAGGGAUGGAGGCCCCGGGGAUGGCGGCCGACCCGCACCUGCAGCAGUUCAUCAAGGUGGAGAGUCAGAAACACAAGUUCCAGCAGAUGAUGCACAGACUGACCGAGCUGUGCUGAGACAAACCAGGCCCACGUCUAGACAGCAAGACGGAGACCUGUCUGGUCAACUGUGUGGAGCGCUUCAUCGACAGCAGCAAGUUCAUCCUCAACUGCCUGGAGCAUACCCAGAAGAGCAAGAUGCCUUCAAAGAGCUUGAGCGACUGAUGUAGGGCAUGUAGAGGCACAGCUGGCAAGGCCAGAUGUUGGCACUGCCCUCUAGCACGGAGCGGGGCAGGCAGUGGCGAGACAGAUGUGGUAGCAGCUGCCGGAGCUCUGCCAUGGACUGGGCAGCAAGAACCAUUACACUGCUUACACACGCGUAAUGGGGACAUGACUGGACAAGUGUCCUGCCGUUCAGCAUGUGGACCUUGUGAAUAAAAUCGUGCACAGAUCAUGUCAAUGGAAAAAAAAAGAAAAAAAGUUUGCAAUCAAUGCAUUGGUGUGACAGAUGCACACCGAUGCCACAGAAAGCAUAGCUUGGUUUGGGAACAGCUCUACCCAAGUUGGCUAGAAAUUGCAGAAAGUUGUAGAAUUAACCAGUCAAUCAGAUGAGACUUCCCACCAUUGACUCCAUCUACACUUCACUCUGCCUCAGAAAAGCAGCCAACAUAAAUUGUUGGCCCAUCCCAGCCAUUCCUCCUUCUCAAUGCAGAUGCAGAAGCUUGAAAGCUCUCAUCGCUAGGCUCAGGAACAGCUUCUUCUCCUCUAUUGAUCAGCCAUGAUCAUAUUGAAUGGCGGUGCAGGCUCGAAGGGCCGAAUGGCCUACUCCUGCACCUAAUUUCUAUGUUUCUAUUAUCACACCUGAACAAUCUUUCCAUAAGCUAAGGUACUGUCGAUUCACCUCAACCAUAUUGAAGCCAUUGGACUUUGUCUAAGGAACUGAUGUGCUACAAUGCUGCACACUGUAUCUUCUAUUUUAUAUAUUCUACACUCUGUACCUUCCCCUUUGCUCUAUCUAUUGUAUUUGAGUUUGAAUGGAUUGAAUCUAUGUAUGGUAUAUCUGAUAUAACAUAUCUGAUGGCAAGCACAACAAGGCUUUUCACAGUACCUCAUUACAUGUAACAAUAAUAAGCCUAACAAAUGCUGCACUGUGGCACAGCGGUAGACUUGCUGUCUUACAGCACCGGAGAUCCGAGGUAGAUCCCAACUACGGGUGCUGUCUGUACGGAGAUUGUACGUUCUCCCCGUGACUGCGUGGGUUUUCUACGAGAUCUACGGUUUCCUCCCAAACUGCAAAGACGUACAGGUAUGUAGGUUAAUUGGCUUGGUGUAUGUGUAAAUUGUCCCUAGUGUAUGUAAGAUACUGUUAAUGUGAGGGGAUCGCUGGUCUUGCACACUCGGUUGGCUGAAGGGCCAGUUUCUGCACCGUAUCUCUAAAACUAAAUUCCUUCACUCAUUACAAACAGAAAUAACAUGCAUGAUAAGUUGUGAUUCGUUCUGUGGCAUUGUGUAUCUUCUGUGGAAACCGAGCAAUUUGCUAUUGCAAGAUAAAAGUUGUAGUAAAUCCUACAAAUAGGCUUAGUAAAAUUCAUAUAUCUUUUAUAGAUUUCCAAAAAAGCCCAUAAUUUAAAAUAAUGAAGCAACAAAUAUACUCUUCCAACAAAAUUUGUGAUUCAUGAACAAAGUAAAUUGUGCUUAAGUAUUAAAAAAUUU